CAAUUACCAGCCCCAUCUCAGCGCAUCGUUGAUGCAGAUGCGGAUUUUGUUCCAACAUCUUCUCACGCAAUUGUUCAGAAGUUCAAUGUGCCACCGUAUGGCCACAGAAAACACUUUUUUCCCCGAAAUCCUGAAGAUUUUGGUGAUGGAGGCGCUUUUCCCGAGAUACAUAUGCCCCAGUAUCCCCUUGGAAUGGGCCAACAAAAGACUUCCUCUAAUGCUCUUGUUAUGAAGACGGAUAAGGAUGGUAAAGUGCGAUAUGACGAAAUAGUUCGCCAGGGACAUUCAAAGGAUCGAGUUGUGUAUUCGAAAUUUACUGAUCUUUUGCCUAAAACUAUUGAAGACGACGAUGAGGAAUUACGCAAACCUACUAAAGAAUCUGUUGAGGAAACAACCGAGAAAACUAAAAAGGCACUUGAUGCCUUGGUUGAGCAGAAAGUAACUGCUUCGUUGCCAGUCAGGAGAGCCGAACGAACUGCACCAGCGGAAUAUAUCAGUUAUACCCCUGCUCAACAAGGUCCCGCUUUUAAUAGUGGUGCUCAGCAACGCCUAGUUCGAAUGGUUGAAGCGCAGAGGGAUCCCAUGGAGCCUCCUCGAUUCAAAAUAAAUCAAAAAAUUCCUAGAGGACCACCUUCUCCUCCACCACCGCUUAUGCAUUCGCCAUCUCGAAAGGUGACUGCUAGGGAACAAGUAGAAUGGAAAAUUCCUCCUUGUAUCUCAAACUGGAAGAAUCCUCGUGGCUACACAAUUCCUCUUGACAAAAGAGUUGCGGCUGAUGGUCGUGGACUUCAAACUACCCACAUUAACGAAAAUUUCGCCAAGUUGGCUGAAGCGCUCUAUAUCGCCGAUAGGGAGGCUAGAAAGGCGGUCGAAUUACGAACUCAAAUUGAACGGAAAGUAGCUUCUAAGGUGCGUGAGAGGAAAGAAGAACAGCUUCAGAAAAUUGCCACGGAAGCACGGGCUGCUAGGGCUGGUAUUAGGCGCUCCGGCCAAGGAGUGGCUGAUGAUGAAGAAAGUGCAGAACUUGCCAGCAGAGAUGAAAUUCGUCGUGAGCGGGCGAGAGAAAGAGCUCAUGAAAGAAAUAUUAGUAGGGCUACUGGCGGGGAAGGCAAACUUCGAACUCAGCGUGAUAAGGAUCGUGAUAUCAGUGAACAGAUUGCCCUUGGUCUUCCCAAUCCCCGUGCAAACGCUAAUACAGAGAGCAUGUUUGAUCAAAGAUUAUUUAAUCAGUCUCGUGGUAUGGAUUCUGGAUUUGCUGGUGGCGAAGAUGAUCUUUAUAACAUUUACGACAAACCAUGGCGAGCGGAAUCUAAUUUGGGCAAUCACAUCUACCGUCCUAGGCAGACUGAUUCCGAUACUUAUGGGGCUAGUGAUUUGGCAGCGUCUUCUCGUCAGAGACAAUUUGUGCCUGAACGUGGUUUUGCUGGAGCAGAUAGAAACAGACAUCUUCAAGGGCCAGUGCAAUUUGAAAGAGGUGCAGAGGAUCCUUUCAACGUCAGCAACUUCUUGAUGGAGGCUAAAAAGGCUGAGAAACGCCCUGGAGAAUUAAUGGCCAACUCAAAUCGUGACACUACUUAUCGUAAACGUGAACGUCGAGACUAG